GGGCCGCCCAAACACCUACGCGAAAUAACCCAGCCUGGCAGACUAGAGAAUACUCCUUCCCGCGAAACCACUCAAACCUUGCCUGUUCAACCUACAACACAGACCCCUACAACGAGCCAGACACCCACUCGCCGCAAAGGAACUACAUCCCCCACCCCGCCACGACAAAUAAAAAAACUAACCCGCUACAAGAACCUCCCGCCCCCACUUCCAUCCCCUUCCUCCCCACCCUUGGCGCCGACCACCCCUAUCACCUUCCCGCCACCCACCACCCAUCCUCCCCGCUCCACACGAACACUCCCCUACCCACAACUCCCCACACACACCUAA